AUGACCCCAGAUAAAACAUUAAAAUUCAAAGGGGAAAAAUGCGUGGGAGUCACUUAUAAAGCAAAUAAGUCAGCGUGGAUGACAUCAAUACUUUUUGAAGAAGAAAUAAGAAAAUGGGAUGCAGAAUUAAAGGGGCGAAAAAUUUUGUUACUUGUGGAUAAUUGUCCUGCUCAUCCCAAUCUAUCUAAUCUUAUGAACAUAGAGAUGAUAUUUUUCCCAGCUAACACAACUAGUAUCUUACAGCCGAUGGACCAAAGUGUUAUAAAAAGUUUGAAAGGCCACUAUAGAAAGAAAAUAUUAAUGGAAAUUAUCGAAUCUGAUGGCAAUGCUUAA